CAGGGGGACAUGGAAUCGAACGGGNUGGCACUCACAUGGCCAAGACGCUUGCACAGCUGAAUCCUGAGACAGUGCUCUUCAUCAUUGCCUCCAAGACUUUUACCACUCAAGAAACAAUCACAAAUGCUGAAACUGCCAAAGAAUGGUUCCUUCACACUGCUAAAGAUCCUUCUGCAGUGGCCAAGCAUUUUGUUGCCCUGUCUACCAAUGGGCCUAAAGUCAAAGACUUUGGAAUUGACACUGAAAACAUGUUUGAGUUCUGGGAUUGGGUUGGUGGCCGUUACUCACUGUGGUCAGCCAUUGGCCUCUCCAUCGCUCUGCAUAUUGGUUUUGACAAUUUUGAGAAACUGCUUGCUGGAGCCCAUUGGAUGGACAAUCACUUCCGCUCGGCCCCCCUGGAGAAGAACGUCCCCGUGCUGCUGGCCAUGUUGGGGGUCUGGUACAUCAACUGCUAUGGGACAGAAACCUAUGCGCUGCUGCCGUAUGACCAGUACAUGCACCGCUUUGCCGCUUACUUCCAGCAGGGGGACAUGGAAUCGAACGGGAAGUACGUUACCAGGAAGGGCACGCGUGUGAACUAUAAUACUGGACCAAUCGUGUGGGGCGAACCUGGAACCAAUGGGCAACAUGCCUUCUAUCAGCUCAUUCAUCAAGGUACUCGCAUGAUCCCUUGUGACUUCCUGAUCCCAGUCCAGACACAGCAUCCAAUCAGAAACGGCGUGCAUCACAAGAUUCUUCUAGCCAACUUCCUUGCUCAAACAGAGGCAUUAAUGAAAGGCAAGACAACAGAUGAGGCCCGCAAGGAAUUGCAGGCUGCUGGACUGAGUGGAGAAGCUCUGGAGAAACUGCUUCCACACAAGGUCUUUGAAGGAAACCGCCCAACCAAUUCCAUUGCUUUUACUAAGCUUAACCCAUUCAUUCUUGGAGCCUUAAUUGCUAUGUACGAGCACAAGAUCUUUGUCCAAGGAGUGGUGUGGGAUAUUAACAGCUAUGACCAGUGGGGCGUUGAGCUUGGAAAACAACUGGCAAAGAAAAUUGAGCCUGAACUGGAGUCCGAUGCGCCCGUCAGCUCCCACGAUGCCUCAACGAACGGGCUGAUAGCCUUCAUCAAGGAGAACCGAGCCUGA